GUGUGUGUGGUGGGAGGGGGAGGAGGCUGACGUGCAAGUCGGUGGUUAAUACACCGAAGCUGCGUCUCGCACGUCGAGUGUGGAGCCGCGAGUGCAGAGGACAACUUGCCCCGGACGGUGAAGAGCCGCAAUGAGGAGCGCCCGGAGCCCGCCGCCGAGCUGACCCUGCAGCGCACCAAGAGACAUCCUAUCUCCUCACGACCCUGUCACAGAUCGGGGCUGGGCCGGGCCGGAGCUUGCUUCGCCUUUAUUAUUUUUUUCUCUCUUGAAAACCUUGGAUUUUGUUUUUUUUUUCGCAAGAUCUGGAGAGAGAGAGAGAGAACAUCCGAGCCACAAAAAGAAAUAUUUUCAUCUGUUGCCACACUCUCUGCGAAUCGAUACUUUUUUUUUUCUUUUUUGAGCCGAGGGACUUUUCCUUAUUCUAUUGAUGGGGCUUUUCCUUUAAAGAAAUGAUUUUAUUCCAACGUGCAUGAGCUGCGUCAAACAGCAUUUUUUCCCCACCACCCAUUUGGUUCCUCGCGUCCGACUGCUUUGGAAUACGGUUGUAUUUCUCCCGAAGGAAAACUCUUGUCAAGAUUCACCAAGAGAUGGCUACCCUGCUCCGGAAGAUUGGUCUGAUUCGCCUCCACGACCGAGACACGGACGGUGCGAAACACCAGGGCUCCCGCAAGGCGCCCAAAAGCCAGAAAAACGCCAGCAAGCAGUGCAACUCGAGCAACGAGAGCAUCCUGCUCCAGUCUGACCACCACCACCAUCACUAUCAUAACAACCAUCAGCAGCAACACAGCCACAAGAGGUCUGAGCAACCACCCCCCUCCAUCAAGGACAGCAACAAGGACAAACAGCAGGCCGGCAGCAAGGUGCCCCCGGCCGGCAGCAGCAGCAGCAGCAGCUCCAUCCCCGGGCAACCCCCCAACAAGCAGCACUGCGCUCAGGUCCGCAGCCGCAGGCUCAUGAAGGAGCUGCAGGACAUCCGCAAGCUGACGGAUCACUUCAUCAGCGUGGAGCUGGUGGAGGACAACCUCUUCGAGUGGAACGUCAAGCUGCUGCAGGUGGACAAGGACUCGGCGCUGUGGCAGGACAUGAAGGAGACGAGCACCGAGUGCAUCCUGCUCAACCUCAACUUCCCGGAUAACUUCCCCUUCUCGCCGCCCUUCAUGAGGGUGCUGAGCCCCCGGCUGGAGAACGGCUACGUGCUGGACGGAGGCGCGAUCUGCAUGGAGCUGCUGACCCCGCGGGGUUGGUCCAGCGCCUACACUGUGGAGGCAGUCAUGAGGCAGUUUGCAGCCAGCCUAGUCAAGGGACAGGGACGGAUUUGCAGAAAAGUAGGGAAAACAAAGAAAGCUUUCACUCGUAAAGAAGCUGAAGCAACAUUCAAAAGUUUGGUGAAGACACAUGAGAAAUAUGGCUGGGUUACUCCACCUGUAUCUGAUGGUUGAGCCAUAGCGCUCCCUCCAUUUUCAACCACAAAAACACUUUCACCUUCUCCGUGCUGUGUAUGAUCCAUUCCUUCUAUUUCAGCUUCAGUUAGACAUGGCGAUACUAAGGAGACAUUUAUGUUAUUUAUGGAGAGAGAUGUUUACAGAUAAAUGCCUAAAGGGAUUUUUAUUUUGGGGGGGAGAUCUGUUUGAUCGCUGAGAUCGGGUUCAAUUGAAUUUGGUUGUGCUUCAUUGUAUUUGCAUCAUUUCCCUAUCCUACUACAGUUUAUUAUGCUUCUCUCCAUCUUAAUGAACAAAUGGCAUCAAAUGUUCCAUUCGUUGCCAUUCCACUAAUUUAAAUUUAAAUGAAGCAGUUAAUAUUUAAUACCCAGGUGGCAAGCAUAAGUUGACAUUUUGCUGUGCUGUUUUCACAGGUCAAUGGUCAAUGCAACUUGAAAAUUGUAAUUUCUGUGGAGCUGUGCUCUAUCGUGGCUAAAAUUAAAAUUCUACAUGUCAUGUAGCUGGUUAUUGAUCAUGGAAAAUGAACUGUUCUAACUUCAACUCCAAUGAAGCAAAAAUAGGAGGGUUAAUGUGUUUCAGCAGCAUUAUUGAUUGGCAUUACUGUACAUUAUUUAUGAAAAUAGUCUUUGGCAGUGGGAACCACCUCUGUAAUUCAAAUCAACAUCUCACAGGGUUAAUGUGCCUAUGUGGUAAAUAAUGUCAGGGUUAAUAAUAGAAUUGUAAAUCAAAUGUGUGUGGAACUAAGGAAAGCAACAUGCUCAUGAUAGAUUGUAGAGGAAUAGUUUUAAGACAAUGCAGUGAUACAUUUCAAAAUCCUGCAAUAAAUACGUCUUAAAUGACUCAGAUGUUUUAAUUCCUACUGUAUCUGCAUGUUUAAGGAAUCAGUGGUUGCUAGUUUGCUGAAAGAAUGUUGCUGUCAUUUGUUCUGUGUCAAGAGCUAUUACAUUUUGUCAAGUGGUAAUGACAUUUGUGUUUUUUUGUUUAAUUUAUUUGUGAUUUGCCAAAUGCCUAUCCUUCUGAGCAUGUGACAGACAUUCUGACCGAAGGGAAAAACCUCAAGGAAACAAGUUGGUUAAAAGUGUCUGAAUGAGAUCAAUUGCACUUAUGUUGUAUAGUUCUUUAAUGACCAAGUAAUUGGGGAGGCAUGUAAAAGGCAAAGAAAGUCACAAGAAUGGAAGAAAAUAUCAUAUCCGACAGAAAAUAAAUGCUCUUUUUAACCUGC